GCGGAUUGUUUAUGCACAUAUGUUGUCAAAUUGAGAUUUUGGAAUAUCGUCUGAGAAAAAUUUUAAGCAAUCAACUUACUGUUGCUUAUUGCGUACGGCAUCAUAAUCGAAUUUUUGAGUUUUCGCAGUUAGUGAAUAUAAAUUUUACAAAAAUAAUUGGAUUUCAAUUUAUGGCGAGUGUUAUGAUAACAUGCACAAAUUUGUAUCAAUUGACUAAGUCAACUUUCAACGCAGACCAUUUUUCAUUAAUUACAUUCACAGGCGCAAUGCUAACGCAGAUAUUUAUUUAUUGUUGGUUUGGAAACAAAGUCAAAUUGAAGAGUCUCCAAUUAACAGAUAGCAUUUUUCAAAUGGAGUGGCCAAAAAUGAACAAUAAUGUUAAGAAGAGCUUGUUGAUAAUUAUGAAACGUGCAAUGACACCCAUUGAAAUUUCUUCUUUAUAUAUCUUGACUAUGAAUUUGGAUUCCUUUGUAUCGUUGCUUAAAACAUCAUAUUCUGUUUAUAACUUAUUAAUACAGGUACAAGAAUAAUAGAAAGUAAAUGAUAAAUAAAACAAAAC